AAAAGAGUGAAGUCAUUCUGUGAUAAAAAUGAGAUUGAAGUGCCAGAUAUGGAUAAGGAGGUAAAUGCUAGAGGGACAUCUGCACGUAGAAGGCAAAAGGUAACAAACAUGCAUUUCUACCAUGUUGAGAUUUUUCUUGCUGCCAUUGAUGCCAUUUUGACCGAGAUGAAUCAUCGAUUUAGUGAAUCUAGUUCAGAGUUGUUAGUAUGCAUGGCUUCACUUAAUCCAAAGAACUCCUUCUCUAAUUUUGAUGUGGAUAAGCUUGUGAGACUUGCUGAAAUAUAUGCUGAAGAUUUUGAUAUCGGUCAUCUUGCGGUGUUGCCAAGUCAACUUAAAGCAUUCCACCAACGUGCUAAAAGAAAUAGAGAGUUUCUUGGGUGCACAGAACUUUCAAAGGUUGCUGAAAUUAUUGUCAAGACAACCAUGAAUACCUCUUACCCAUUAGUUUAUCGGCUCGUUGAGCUCACAUUGAUACUUCUAGUGGCAACAGCUUCGGUUGAGAGGGUUUUUUCAGCUAUGGCUCUUUUAAAGAUGGAUUUGCACAGCAAAAUAGAGGAUGAAUGGCUCAAUGAUUUGAUGAUAUGCUAUGUUGAGAAGGAGAUAUUUAGAAGCAUUAGUAGUGACAAAAUCAUACAUCGGUUUGAAGAUAUGAAAAAACGUCGUAGGCUUGUGCCUAAAGACAAUUUAGUGAUUGCUCCUCAUGGGGAAGAUUGAAGAAGAAUAACGGGUGUCAUUGUCAGCACGUCUCAUUAUGUUUUGGUUUCAUGUUUUUUAAUGGGCAAAACUUCAUAUUCGUCUUUUGCUACUUCUCGUAAUGUACUUAUCUAUGUUUUCAUGAACAUGUCGUUCUAGUAUUGGUCUAGAUUGUAUGCUGGCAGUUGGCUUCAGCCCCCC